ACACCCACAUCUACAAGUCCCAGAGAACUACCACAAUGUCCAUGUAGAUGUAUUGAUGAAAAUGGUGGAUUGCAUACAGGAGGUCCAUCAGAAGAAGCCCGUCGUCAUGGAUCAUCACAUGGUUUUCAAGCUCACGACAAACAUCAUUGGCAACAGCACCACGGCCAAGAAAAGCACCAUAACGAUCAUCAUGGCCAAGAAAAGCACCAUAACCAAUAUCACGGUCUAGAGAAGCAUCACCCGCAGCAUAAUAGCGAAGUCAAGCACUAUAACCAACACCACGGACAAGAGAAACACCACAAUCAAUAUCGUGGUGAAGAGAAACACCAUAAUAACCAACACAAGGGUCAAGAAAAGCAACAUCAUCAGGAUGGGCAUCAUGCUGAGAUGAACAUUAUUCUUCCCAUGAACACGCUCAGGAGAAGAACCAUAGAAAUCAGAAGGAACAGGAGAAACACCAUAAUAGACACCAUGAUUGAAUAUAGAUUGAGAAGAAGAU